AUUGAGGUCAAAAGGAUUGCUACAUUGAAGACGAGUUUACGUACAUCGGUGUUUGGAUUUUUUUUAUAGAUAAUACCUAUUCCUUUAUUUGGAACAAUGAAGCUGAGAUUAAAAUUGAUAUUGCUUGUAUGGUGUAUGUGGUUAAAUGUUAGCAACAACCUGGUAGAAGGAGAGAUUGAUGAACAAUGUAGAGUAGAUUGUGCAUGCUGCAUAGAUCGAAAUUGUAGACGAGGGCAAUGGUUUAAUGACGAAUGUUUUCUAGGCUGUAUUGAUGGUCAUAGAGGUGCUCGCUGUUAUGCACUAUGUACACACAAUUGUACAAAAUGCCCAAAUCAUGCAGCUGAGUGUACUGCGUGCUAUGAUGGCUAUUACCCCGGCCCUGCUAGAAACUGCACACCACGGUGUUUACCCGGAUGUAAAACAUGCACGUCGGGAACCACGUGUACAUCAUGCAAGGAUGAAUAUAAUAACGACAAUGGUUACAAUAAUUGUAGUAAUCGUAAGUGUCCUAAAAAUUGUAAUUGCGAAAAUGGUCAGUGUGCAUCAUGUAAGGACGGAUAUUACGAUAUCAGUAACAUAUGUUAUAGUUUGUGUCCAGGUAACUGUGCCACGUGUUCAUCAAAUACAUAUUGUGGAUCGUGUAAGGAGGGUUAUUAUAAAGGUUACAAGAACGACAACGUUAACCUCCCUUUGUUGAACGACUGUACAUACAAAUGUCGAGAUAACUGUAUACAAUGUUCGUCCUAUAACAGUUGCUUGCUUUGUAAAAGGGGUCUUUAUGGAUCGACGUGCGACAAAAGUUGUUCAGUUGGUUGUAUGUCAAACACUUGCGAUAUUCUGACUGGAAACUGUGCAUGUUCCUCUAAUUUUGCUUGGGAAAGUUGUGACAAAUGCAAAACAGGGAAAUAUGGAAAUAUGUGCGAUCAACAAUGUUCUGCAGGUUGUAAAGGUAACAAAUGUUAACACGAUUACGGAGAUUGUACAGACGGAAGUGCUAUAGACAUAAUCGUAAGGGGCAAAUGCAUUUUUUUCCGUUUUAAAUGUUUCCGUUAUCAUAUGCUAACAACAUGCAAAGUUUAAAGAAAUUACAUUGAACAGCUUUAGUUUUGCCUAUAUGUCUAUAUGAAAACUCCAAAAAACAUCCUUAAGUAAAUAAUUAAAAGUAAAAGGGGCCAAUACUGGAAAUAAAAGGACAAUGGAUGUAAAAAUAAAAAUGAGGGGGAGUGGUAGGGUUAAGAGGGGUAAUUGGUAAUAAUACCGUUAAUGUCAAAUUAACAAGAUGAGAUAUCACAAAACAUGCAAACAUUCAAAACAUCUAACAGUACAGAAAACACACACGUGAAAGAACAUAGAGGGUACCGCCUUAAAACGAUCAGUAGUAAUAACACCACUGGGGCGUUUUAACGUUUAAACAGGUUUUAGGCUCGACAAACCUCACACUUAGCCCCAAUAUGUUCCUAUAUAACGAGAAGGUGUAAAUAAAAUGAAUCCCCGCAAAAGUUAUUUUAUGUCUCUGUAAAUGUAUAAUGAUGAUGAUGAUGGUGAUUAUGCGGUUGCUGUUGCCGCUGCUAAUGAUGAUCAAAAUAAUGUUGAUGAUGAUGAUUUUAAUAAUAAGAAUAAUUAAAUGUACUGCAAAACAAUUAUAUUUGUUUAUGUACAGAAUGAAAGUACGAAUAUGAGAACUAGAGAGAAAUGAUUAAUUCCUAAAAACGCACAAAACGACAAAAUUGAAAUUGUUGCAGACUGGGUUUGAUUGAGCCUGUUCAUGGACGGUAAUGGAAAGUGCAAGUUACCGUCCACGCCCCAUAAGACUGGCUUAAGCAGUAUUCAGCGUUUAACUUGAAAUGGUAAAAAUCAGAAUUUUGAAACAUCCGCAGAUGCGUUCAUAUGGCGCUUCAAUGUGGCACGUAAAUGCCAUUCCAUGAAAAGCGAACACUUUUAUUUCUACGCCGCUCAGAUAAUUGUGUCGUUUAUCGAUGAUAUCUUAGACUCAAGUUCCUCAUUGCAGUCAGUAAAUAUAGCUGCUAUGUCCCUUGGAACUUUUCUUGCUGUGCCAGUAGUGGUAAACAUCAUAUUUGUGGUUACGUUGAUUCUCCGGAAAUAUCGGAAAUGGUAAGGAUUGUAAAUAUAUUCAACUGAGUUAAAGGCAAGUUCAUGAUCACAGAACUUAAAUAUUAAUAUGAAAGUUGAAAAAGCUGUACAAUAUGAAGUGUGUCAGAAACUACAAAAAUGUCACUUCAAACUUGGUAUUAUACAUGUUUAGUGUUUAAAGGACGAUAUUCAAAACACUUUCGCAAAGUUAUACCCCUUUUUCAGCUUAGAUUUUUAGACUUGAUUUAUCAUUUAGCGAAGGUCUUUUUUCUCCGAAAAUGUUAAAACGUUUCACUUCAGACUUGCUAAGUGACAACAAUUCAAAAUGUAGAUAAUUAUAGAAUCGAUUUUUUUCAAAGUUAUGCCCUUUUUUACUUUUUUUCUAAGUUGGCUUUCUGAAAAAAAUGUCAGAAGUUGUCGCUUCAAACUUAUAAAAGGAAACUCUGGUUUUUUCCUUGUUAUGCCCCUUCCCCCUUUUUAAUCAAAAUAUAUAAAAGAUGUCAACAAGAGCAACACAUCAUAAAAGUACUAAUUUGAUUUUUAUUUUUAAUGAAAAUUACUUUUAUCCUAUAUAUUGUCUCGGCAACAUGUAUUUAUUACCACAGUUUUUGUGUACUGUAUAUUUAUCUUUUACAACUCAAAUGACCUAAAUAAAAUAAGUUCAUUUACAUUACAGGGUCAAUG